CUGCUGGGACGGAGCGCCGCGCCAUGGAUCCGCGGCUUUACCGCCACGUUUGUCCCGGGCGCGUCGUCAACGUCCAGCGCAGCAACGGUCUGAUCCACAAAGCGACGGUGAAGGCGGUGGACGCGCAGCAGCGCUCCGUGUCGGUGGAGUGGUGCGAGGCGGGCGUCGUCAAGGGCAAGGAGAUUGAGAUUGAUGAUGUGAUAACAUUAAAUCCUGAGUUAGCAGAAGAACUACCCACUGCAGAAGUGAAAGAGAACCUUCCUUUGCAAGAGAAUGUAACGGUGCAGAAACAGAAGCGUAGAUCAACUCUUUCAAAAAUCCCUGCUCCACGGGAAGUUGCAGCAGUGACAUCUAAUGUCUCUGCACCUGAGCAGAAGAUUGCAGCUGUGCGGGGCCGUUCUAGGAUGUCUGUCAUCACAGAAUCUCAGCACAACCUCCAGGAAAAUGAGAUGGGGGUGGAUCCCUGUACUUCUACACAAAUAAGAAACAACUUGGCAGUUCCUGCUGGCCGAACCAGGGCUAGUAGGCUGCGCUGUGUUCCAGAAAUUGUGCUUCCAAAUGGAAAUGGCAUUACAGAGGAUAAUCUGCCUUCUGCUAGAAUAAGCUCUUCACAGAGCCCAGGUACCAGGGAGCAGCGGGGUACCAGGGAGCAGUGGCUAAGAACUGAUUCACCAGUCAGUGUUCGAAGAAAAUCUAACAUCGUAAAAGAGAUGGAGAAGAUGAAAAACAAGAGAGAAGAAAAGAGAGCUCAACUUACUGAAAUCAGGACAAAACGUGCACAGGAAAUUGACAGCAGUUGUCCAAACUGGGAGUUUGCACGGAUGAUCAGGGAAUUCAGAGCAACUUUAGACUGCCAGCCAGUAUCUCUAUCUGACCCAAUAGAAGAACAUAGAAUUUGUGUGUGUGUUAGGAAGCGCCCUCUGAAUAAACAAGAAAUAAACAAAAAGGAAUGUGAUGUGAUUACUGUUCCAAGCAAGUGUGUCCUUCUGGUGCACGAGCCAAAGCAGAAAGUGGACCUAACAAAAUACCUUGAAACCCAAACAUUUAGAUUUGACUUUUCAUUUGAUGAAUGUGCUUCUAAUGAAAUGGUGUACAGGUUCACUGCUAGGCCUCUUGUACAGACAAUCUUUGAGGGUGGAAAAGCAACAUGUUUUGCAUAUGGUCAGACGGGCAGUGGCAAGACGCAUACUAUGGGUGGAGACUUCUCUGGGAGAGCACAGAAUGCCUCAAAAGGCAUAUAUGCUUUUGCAUCACAAGAUGUCUUCUUCCUUCUAAGCCAGCCCAGGUACAGGAGUCAGGACCUGGAAGUCUAUGUGACUUUCUUUGAAAUAUAUAAUGGAAAGGUGUUUGAUCUCUUGAAUAAGAAGGCAAAGCUUCGAGUCCUGGAGGAUGGCAAGCAGCAGGUUCAGGUUGUUGGUCUGCAAGAAAAACAAGUAAACUGUGCUGAAGAUGUCAUCAGAAUGAUUGAGAUGGGCAGUGCUUGCAGGACAUCUGGGCAGACUUUUGCAAAUGCUAGCUCUUCGCGGUCACAUGCCUGCUUCCAAAUCAUACUACGGCAGAGAGGGAAACUGGUUGGCAAAUUUUCCUUGGUGGAUUUGGCAGGAAAUGAGAGAGGUGCAGACACAUCUAGUGCUGAUCGACAGACACGAAUGGAAGGUGCAGAAAUCAAUAAAAGCUUGCUGGCUUUAAAGGAAUGUAUCAGAGCUUUAGGCCAGAACAAAUCUCAUACUCCUUUCCGUGAAAGCAAGUUGACCCAGGUGCUAAGGGACUCUUUCAUAGGAACAAACUCAAGGACCUGUAUGAUAGCAAUGAUUUCUCCAGGCAUGAGUUCAUGCGAGUACACCUUAAACACAUUGAGAUAUGCUGACAGGGUGAAAGAGCUCAGUCCUCAUAAUGGAGGUGGUGAAACACAGAAUCAAAUGGAGAUUGAGGAAACAGGAAUGAGCUCAGGUCUUCGACACAGUCUGUCCAAGGAUGAGGAGGAAGAUCUUUCUCCCCACCUUUUUACUUUCCGUGAAGCUAUGACUCAAAUUGGUGAACGGGAGGAGAAGGUUGUAGAACAGCUUCGAGAACUGAGACAGAAAAUGACAACUGAACUUGACUACCUCCUGGGAAUCACAGAACAACCAGACUAUGACCUUGAGAUAUUUGUGAGCAGAGCUAAGUACUUCAUAGAAGAGAGCUCAAGAAACUUUCUUAGUGCCAGAGAAACACUGGAUGCUCUGGAAGUAGCCAUGCAACUAGAGGAGCAAGCCAGCAAGAAGAUAAGAAAGCAGAGGCAUCAGUAAAUACAGCAAAACCUGGUUUGCAAGCAAUCUUCUGUAUGUCUUGAACAUUUGUCAGUGGUUUGUGUAACUACUAUUAAAUGCAGUAGGGUGCCUGAGAGAAGAACACAUUGCAGCCUAUCUCUCUUCAUGUCUUGUACCAGGGUACUCUGUAGAGACUCUGCUAGAAACCUCCCCUUCAAGGCCUGGGGGGAGGAGGGCUAAGAGUCUGCUAGAUGUUUCAUAUCUGGUCCUUUAUUAAUGACAAUGGACUUCUAUUAGAGAAGUAGAUACACAUAACUUUCUAAUGUACAUGUAAUUUUUGAUUCCAGAUGUGCUUGAAAACACUGCAAAACUUUUCUAGGAAGAAAAUGGACUAUAUGUAAUUGUUUUUAAAAAAAAAAAACACAGUAUUUUACAAAGUUUUUUCAAUUAAAUAAAUGUUCCUGUAUUUAAUUAACUUCAACUUUAAAACAUAUUUCUUGCUGGUUUUUGCUAAAGUCUUAACAGUCCCUGAAGACUGUCUAGUGCUGUAGAGAUACCCUGACUUCUUGGAGUAGAUUUAUUUUUGAAGUCUUUACACUUGUAAUGUUUGCAUAAAAAUAAUUUAAAAUAAAUGUUCUCUUUUAAUUGA